GGGAUGUUGCGCAAUCGACCCCAUCCGCGCCCGUGGCGGCGGCUGCGCCACGAUGGAUUACAGCGUCGUCGGGUCGAGUCGCCGGAGCCGCUCCCUAUAAAACGAAACAGAAAAGACUGCCGUGGCAAUUUGAUGUGUAUCUGUUCCCGUUUAAAAAAAAAUCGCGUUUUUACAUAAUAACUUCUCUUAAGUUGAAUUGCAAAUCGCUGCGGUGGCGGUAGAACUUUGGCCGGACGAUCAUUUUAUGUGGGUGAAAUUGUGUGUAGUGUGGAAUAGACCUUGGGCCAUGGAACUUCUGUGACAAAUUCGAACUUUUUGCAACCCUUCUGUGGUGGGUCUCACGAGGGGCGCGCGCCAAGUGAAUGAGGCAAGGCAUAAAAAUAAAAAGAAACGGGGACACGAGAAGAGUAUAAGACAUAAGGAGGCAACUUGCAGUGAUGAUAAGAUAGUGCUAAGUGACACUGAACAGUGAGACAAGAAGAAGUUUACUAGGCCGAAUCUAGAUAAAUAGUAAAGACACGCUAAUGAAUUUUUAAAUUUAAAAGAAAAAGUAGUAAAGAAGUGCAAAUUAAUAAAAAGAAAAAUAAAAUAAAAUCAAGUUUAGAAACACGUGAAUCGAUUUAUACCAAAAUUAAUUUCUAUAUAAUACUAGAAAUAACCCCUACCGAGUAAGUUUGUAUUGAAGGUCCUGAGUAGUUGUGGCAUUAGGUGUUUUUAAAAGAAUAUUUAAAAAAAAAAAUUGUUGGAGGCAUACAUCGAAGUUAUGAAGCUGAGAAAAACCACGAUAGACAUGGCGGAUUCGGAUUUUCCGCUAAAACAGGGAUAUCCCGCUUAGACGUUUUCCAGUCGUUGCACUCAGCGAUCCGAAACAGACGAUAUGGGCACAGCAUGGCCUCAGAAGUAUCAUUAUACGACCAGAGGGCAUGCGAGUACCAGUGUAGUUGUGACUGCUGCAGCCUCAACAGUUGCCCAGAUCGCCGGGGGUGGUUGUGGGCUGGAGGUGUGUGGCACACCGGGUGUGAUUCGUACAGUCAACAAUGGUUUCAGAGGCAUCGAUGGAAAAGCCUCAUUGUCGCACCAGUCAUCGUGGACAAUGGGUGCGGAUGUGAGGACGAAGAGUUCGGCAUUCGAGGGUUGGCCGUGGACUUGUGGUAUGGAUGGGACACCAACUCAGGAGGCGAUAUGUCGAAAUAUAACAAAAGCUGCCAAUCGAAAUGUAAAAAAAUUGAGCCAACGGGUAUCACCUCAGCCAAAAUCGAGGGGCUGUUGUGUACCGAUGAUGGAAAAUGCUGCCAAAAAGUUCGUGCAAAGCAUCGCUGCCAAUCCAUUAAUUCUACUAAUUGCCAUUAUGAGAUUUUCCGGCAUGAAGAGUGCGACCAGACCCUUCUGCCAAGGUUACAUCCCUCUGCCUUGCUUCCCAGCCACAUCCAUAGCCUCCGGCAAUCGUCAGAUACAUCAACGAAGGCAAAUCGAUCUGCGUCGGAUGGCGAAGGGCUGCCGAGGCGUUCUGGGGAAUUUGGCAAACUAUUUCGGACUCUUUUGCCGUUUCUUCUCUUCCUCGGCAUGCUUCCAUUUCUUCAAGCAGUGGCGUCCGAUUCCGACGCUUCUGUAGUCGGGGGUCCUAAUCCAAAUCCCCAACCUUGGAUACCAGUCGUGGCGUAUUUGGAGCCUCUGCCGAGACCCAAGGCACCAAAAUGUGAUCAAACUUAUGUCUCGCGUUCAGGAGGACCGUCUAAUGGAACAUUUACUGCACCCAUGCUCAUCAAUCCUUCAAAUCAUUCCAGACAGUGUCUCUACAUCUUCCUAGCGGGUCCUGGACAGCGUGUCGAAGUAGUGUUCACAUCAUUUAAUUUGCGGGGGAAUCCACCAGAUGGGUCUGCCGUUGGAGAAAUACCAUCCUGUGGCACGGAAUAUAUGGAUAUAUAUGCGGAGGUACAGUCAUCGGAUCCAGCUGAUUUGAUCAAUUCUCCCUUCGGUGGUCGCUACUGUGGUCCCAUUCCGCCUCGUCGCCGCAUUUCGCUGUAUCGUGCUAUAGCUUUAUCGUUUUUUACCAAUAAAAACAUGACUACUCCGGAUGUGUUUGGGGGUCGCUACAGUUUCAUCAAUGAAUCGGAAUUCGAAGUCGGUCAACCUGUCAUUGGAUCCCCCUGCUCCUACAUCGUCAACAUUUCCCAGAAUCGUACAGGAUCGAUAAUUUCACCCACUUAUCCAGGUGCCUAUCCCAAAGAUAUGUCUUGCACUUAUCAAUUUAUCGGUAAAUCCAAUCAACGUGUGCGACUGGAGUUUCGUGAUUUUGAUCUCUUCUUCGGUGGACCACAUUGUCCAUUUGAUUUUGUGAAAGUGUACGACGGCUUAGACAACACUUCAGCUCUUGUGGGCACUUACUGUGGCCAACAGAGGAAUCUUGUGCUGUAUUCUAGUGAAUCGAAUCUCUUUGUGCAUUUCUACACACUCCAACGAACGGCCAAUACACAGAAUCGUGGCUUCAAAGGAAUUUUCGAAUUUAGCGAAAGUUUUGUUAAAUUAGAUUUUAUAAGUCAUAACGAUGGUGAACACAUUCGUGGGUCCGAGUGUGAUCAGAAGAUUCUGUCGGGAAAGGAAUCAUCAGGGUUUGUCUAUUCGCCCAAUUAUCCAUACCCGUUUAUUCCGAAAGUAGUUUGUAGAUAUUUUAUUUACGGUAUGCAAGAUGCACAGAAUUUGGAACGAGUUAAACUUGAAUUUUCCAAAUUUGAAAUACCAAAAGUCGAACAUAAAGACAAAAGCGAAUCAAAUUGCACAGAUGGAUAUUUGAAGAUUUACUUGAAAGGGCAAGAAACCACAGACAGUUACGACAAGUUUGACCAUGAAUUGUGCGGCACCGAAAUUCCGCCACCAGUUGUAAGCGAUGGACCCCGCCUUGUGAUGGUGUUCAGCUCAGGUGAGCUUCAGGGAGGUGGCUUUAAAGCAAAGUACUCCUUUGAGACGGAGUACAAGAUACCAGGUACUGCGGCACCUGAUGGCACGUGCAGCUUCACAUAUCGCAGUAUAUCGCGCAAAAAAGGUGAAUUCAACAGUCCGCGCUAUCCUUCCAACUAUCCCUCUGAAACCAAUUGUUCCUACGUCUUCCUCGCGACACCAAACGAACAAGUCACCAUUGUCUUCGACAACUUCAAGGUGAAGGCUGACAAUGCCAACACUACUGGAGGAGCUUAUGGCAUCAAUGUAUGCCUUGAGGACUGGCUGGAGAUGUAUGUGGUGUAUCGUGAUGGAAGUGAUCGCUUCCUGGGCAGAUACUGCAGCUUUACUGCUCCUGGCCCUGUAGAGAGUCCACAAAGAGCAGUGGGUAUUCGAGUCUUCCUUCAUACUGAUCAGGAAAAUGUUGCUAGUGGCUUCAAAGCGCGCUACAUCUUCGAAGCAGCCAAAUCUGUUUUUGGGGAUUGUGGUGGUAACUACACUGGGCAAGAUUCGGGUGUCAUCACAUCGCCUAAUUUUCCUGCAAAUUACCAUGGGCCAGGAAAGGGAUUGGCAUCGAGUGCGUGCAAUUGGUACAUUACAGCACGAAUUGGAUACAAGAUUUUGCUCAAUUUUGAAGUCUUCUCCGUCGAAGGAGAUCCAGCUGGUCGCGGAUGUCCGGCUGCCGUGUUACGUUUAUGGACAUUUCCAGAGUCCGAUGCUGCGCCCCAAGAGCUUUGCGGAGAGAAAUUGGCUGAACAAUGGCACUACAUGUCCCAGGGGCAAACGGCUAGAAUCAGUUUCACAACGACCGAUAAGACUAUCGGUGCACAGGGCUUCCGAAUUGUUUGGACUGAAGUACAAGACACUGGUCCGGGGCCACCAUCAAGCAUAGCGAAUAUGUGCGAGCCCACAUAUCACUUCAUGUGUGAGCAUUCAAACUAUUGCAUCGCAGAAAAGCUGCGCUGCGACAACGUGAAGAACUGUGGACCCGGAGAUGAUUCCGAUGAAAUGCAUUGCAUGUUCGCGGCUCCCGACGAGGAUCACGGCGUCCUGAUCAUAACAUCAAUAGCCGCAGGCUCGUUCCUAAUCUGUCUCCUAUGCACACUGUGUCAUCGAAGAAGAAAACGCCGACAUCUUCCGCAUUUGGGACUGCAUAGGAAUGCUGCGCACUACGACUCAACAACAAGUGCCACAGAAUUGUCUAUUGCAGGACUUGGUUCAAGUCGUCGUCACCUUCAAGGUGGCAGCAGUUUGUCCGGGAGCUUGCACGCCAUAAACAGUGGAUCACUGCCCAUUCCACCAGCGCCUCUACCACCCACAAGUGUACCGCCUCACAUUUGCAUCAAUGACGAAUUGGACGAUCCCGAUGAUCUCUUUGGCCACAUUGAUCGCUUUUCGAAUAAUGGGGAGAGUGUAUAGCAGGAGGAGGAAAGCAUCUCACCCCUUUUCUCAUCAUAAGCAAUCACGCCUUAGUUAUCUGCAAAAUUGCCAUACAGGAGCACAAUCGAGCAAAGGGGGAGAAAAAAUUACUGGCGGGAAAUUUUUGGCCGUUUAAUUUAAAAAAAAAACUCUAAAACAAUUCGAUACACAUUUCUGUCUCAUCCUGACUGACUUUUAGAUGACUUCCAGAUACUAUAACACCUCUCUUGAGUUGCAGAAAAGGAUCCUUAAAAAUCUUUAUGAAAAUUCCCAAAAAUUAUUUUCAAAGUUGUACACCAUCAUCACUAGGAACAAUAAUUGAGAGAGAGGAUAGGAGGAAAUGCAGAAACUAUAAAAUCAACAAAAAGAAAAGGUAAAGAUACCGUAGCAGAAAUAUUGUACGAAAAAAAGCAACCUCUACUUCCACUAAAUGUUUAAGGAAAACCGUAAUUUUAAUAUUUGUAAUAAUAAAAAAAAGGUGAAAAAACUUAUUGUUAAUGAAAGAAAAUUAUGAUGAUGUAAACAGCACUGAAAAACCCAAAAAAAGAUUUUUGAAAAUAAAAAAAAAUAAGAAAUAAUUUUCAGAAUGGGAUAAAUAAUCACAAUUCUAGAUAUUUCCUACAUAUAAUUUCUAUAACAAAAAAAAUCAAUUUUUUAAGGGAAUGAAAAACAUAAAAUCUAAAAAAUAUUUUUUAAAAAUUCUGCGACAAAUAUCACACAAAAUUCUUUAAAUAAACUAUUACACCACUUAACAAAAAAAUCAUAAACUUCAAACACUAAAGAAUACAUGAAUGUAGGUGAAAUUAAUUAAAACAUGACUAAAUAAUAAAAACAAAAUGAAUAAAAAAUAUAAUUGAAUGUUUAAUAAUAAAAAAACAAGGUGAAAAAAUGAAGAAUAUACUAAACAAUUAUGUCUUAAAAAAGAGAGUGGAAAAAAAUAUUUAAAAAAAUGAAUGUAGAUUUUUGUGUAACUUAUUAUUAAAAUGCAAAAUCAAGUAAUAAUGGCGAAACCCUUUUGCAAAAUUAAUUCACCGAAAUUUGUAUUCAAUACAUUUUAAUUUUUUUCUCUUAAUUUUAACCUUUAUCUUUUUAUAUAUUCUCUCAAUUUUACGAAACAUUUUUCUUUAACUUCCAUUCAAUUCACUAAAUAAAUCCAAAAACAAUUGACGCUUACGAGUAGUGAAAAGAAUGUAAUAAGCAUAGGAGUAAAGAAAAAGGAAAAAAAAAAUCUUCUAAUAGACAUUAUGAGUGACAAGUAUGAAAAUUAUAUUCAUAUAAUUAAAAACAAAAAAAACUUUAUAACGAAAUGCGGCAUUUUAUAGUGAAAAAAAUAAAAAAAAAGAAAUUAAAAAAUUGACACUCAUAAAAGAAAAAUUAACAUUUUAAUAAGGUGAUGAACUAGAUUUUCCGAAAUUAUUUCAUUGCGAUUUAAAUUUGAAAAUGGGUAAAAGAAAAUUUUAGAAAUAUCACACGAAAUAGUGAAAUAAUUUCGGAAAAGUAACUUUUUGUCUACGGUUUUAUAGGGCAAACAAUUAAUAAAAUUAUAAAAAAAACACUAAUAAUAGAAUGUGAGAAUAGAGAUGAGACAUCACUUGCAGUGAGAAAUAACAAUUUAGGAAUUAAAAUCAAGAAAAUAAAUGCAAAUGAACGAAUGCGCAAAUUUAUCAAAUAAAAACAGACUUUUUUUUUGCAUUUCCGUCAAUCUUUUUCGUUAUUGCACUGAAAUCCAAAUGAAAAGUUGUAGUAAAAUGAGAAGUUCAUAUAGAGAAAAUCAAUAUAAUUAGAGAUAUUCAAACAUUUAACAAGAGAAUCGCGGUGGUAAACAUUAAUCGAUGAUGAAUAUUAAAAGAGAACAUGAAAAAAAGAAACACAAAAAGUUGUAAUAGAGCACGUGUUUUAUAUAUAUUUAUGAAAUAAAAAAGGAGAUUAAAAAAAAAUACAGUAACUAAUAUGAGAGUCCCCCCCCCCUUAAAUAAAUAGCGAGACAAGUCAAAGAAAAAUUGAAAAAAAAGAAUCUUCUGAUUAGUGAAGAGUAUGUUAAAAUGUUCUGAAAUGCAAUUGAAUUUUUCAACAAGAAAAGUGGAUAAUUUUGUUUCCUUUCUUGAAACAAGCCUAUAGUGGGAUAAAUAUCACAAUUUUAUGUGAAUUGAAUGUGCAAUUUUGUGAAUAUUGUCCAUCACGGCCAAAUUUUUUCGUACAUAAACUCCAUUUCUCGGCUAUAAAUACAUUAAUUACGUAGAAUAUUUUUCAAUCAUUUUCGAGAGCGAAAGGAUUAGAACAAAUUAAUAAUAAUCAUUGAAACUUUUUUUCCUGUUAUAUUAUUUGGUGUUCUAAUUAUUUCUCAUAAUUCCACAAUUAAACAGGGUAAAAAAAAACGAAUUAGAUGCUUGAGGGAUUAUUUGAGAGUGAUUCAAUAAUAGGUUUAUUUUUAUUUGUUUUCAAUUAUUUCGAAAUAAUUUUCAACACGCUAAAAAGUAGAAGAGACAAAAUGGGAAAACAAAAGCACAAAUAUUCACAAAAAUACAUUUCAAUUUUUUCAAACUGAUAAAUCUUUUUUUCACUGAUGCAGAAGCGACGCAACACGACACAUAAACUGUCACCCCAAAUAUCAUUUAGAAAUGAAGAAAAAAAAUACUACUAAAAAUAAUAUGGCAAACUCAGUAAUGAAUUAAAACAAACAGAAGUAUGAAUAAGUAAAAUCCACAUAUAAUAUUUAAUAAUAAUGAAACAAGAAAAAACUAAUUAAAAAAAAAACUUAGAAAAAAACAUGUUGCAACGUUUUGUAUAAAAAUUCCUAAUGUUGUUUGUUAUAAUCAAAAUUAAACUGUUAUAUUAAUAAUAAUAAAAAAAAUAAUAAAUAAACAUGUAAUAAUAUUAAAUGAGAAAAGAAAAAAAACAAGGAGUGAUCAUGAGAAUAUGUGGGGGGAAGAAUAGCAAGUCAGGAUUGAUAAUGAUGUUAAUAGGAAAUGUGAAACUUUGUUUUCUAUACCCAUUAAUAUUGAAAUAUGUGGUAAAAAAAUACGGUAAUAAGAAAAAACUGUAACGAGUUAACGAAAAUAUGGAAUUUAUUUGAUAUGUAAAUAAAUACUGUUUAAUUCGAAAGAAGAAAAGAAAUAAAAUUGUAUGUAACACAGAAUAAA